GACUCGUGAUAAAAUUUGUCUCCCUGUCCGAGUCCCGUAUGCGGUUUGUCAACUAUUCAAAUAGUUCUAUCUUAGGCUAUUUGGAGAGGCAGCGAUUACAAGAGCAGGCAAAAAUGCGAGCUUUCAGUGUUCAACGAUCAGUCGUACAGAGUUAAUUCGUUAUUGCACAUUCAAUCAUGACUUCGAAGGAAUCUGUGAACGCUGCGCCUUGGCUGAUUCCUGGCUUGGUUCAAAAUAUUUUGAGGAAAUCAGAAAACGACGGGAGCAUUACGGUCCAUAAUAUUACUUCAAAACGCGCGACAGCCGACGGAGAUAAUUAUCUGAGUGAUAUUUCACGUGUUCACGUCGAGUUUCAACGAGGUCAACCGGAUCAUGAAAUAAAGGAGAAAAAAACUUUGAUUUUUAAAGUUUCUCUUAACAAGGACACUCCUGCCUGUGAUGUGGGUGACGCAUACCAAGUUUUUGAAACGGAAAGUGAAAUGAUGGAAAAUACUCUCGUUAGGAUGAACGAAAUUUUGAACGAAAACAAUUAUCGCUUGAGCGCUCGAGCAUUUCACACCCAAAUUGGAGAUCCUUCUUUCUUGGUGCUUCAAGACUUGGUAGCCGAAGGCUUCCGAAUGGGCGAUAGAAAAGUUGGCCUCGAUCUCGAUCAUGCCUUAAUUGUCGUCAGGGGUUUGGCUAAAUUUCAUGCUAGCUCGAUAGCAUUACACGAAAAGAAUUCAAAGAGCACGCAACGUUAUAAGAGAGGAAUCUAUAACAAUGAAAGCCCCGAACAAGUGAGGUUUUUUAUCGCAGAGGCUUUCAGAGGAUUGAGCGCUGAAGCGAAAAACUGGCCAGAACUCGAUCCAAGUUAUUCGGAAAAGUUGUUGAAAUUAUCAGAAGUUUGUUUCGAAAAAGGCAUAAAAUGCUCUGAGUACAGAGAAAAUGAUUUCAAUGUUUUGAAUCAUGGCGAUGCCUGGAUGAACAACUUGAUGUUUAAAUACGACAGCGAGGGAAAAGUUGUUAAUCAAAUUUUCCUCGAUUUCCAGUUGUGCAUGUGGACAUCACCGGCCUACGAUUUGUAUUACAGUUUGUGUUCCCAUUCGAAUGACGAAACUUACAUUAAUCAUUUCGACACGCUGGUCGCUGAGUAUUCAAAGAUGCUGACCAGUACAAUGUUGAAAAUAAAAUGCAAGCGAAAACCACCGAGCUUGGAUUCUAUUCGACAAUGUAUGAAAGAACGAGAAUUUCUCGCAGUGCUGGAUUCAAUAGUGUGCAUACCUUUCACUCUCGUUGACGAAUCCGAAGUCGUGAGUUUGUCGGAUCUCGUGAAAACUGAUAGGAAAUUAUCGUCCCCUGGGAUAAAGGACAAACGAUUUCGGCGGCUAAUAACAAAGCGACUGAAGGAUUGGAACGCUCGAGGAUUACUCGAUGUUUGAAAAAAACGUUCGGAUUCGUAGAUUCGUAGAAAUUCGUGGUAAUAAUUUUAUUGACUUCCCGAUAAUCUUCCUUAGAAUCCGAUGAGCUUUUGCAAAUUACUCGUCGGAUCUUUUUUGAAGGAGUGAUAAGUUCGCUUCAAAAGACAAAUUCGUGUGUCGAAACUUCAUCGCAAAGUAAAAUGUUUACAAGUGCCGAUAAAAGAAUUUGACUUUGCAUCCCAAUUAUUAUAUCUAUUCCUGUAACUAAUCAACGUCGUGCUCAAAAAUCACAGCACAAUUUUUCUAUGAAUUAUUCAAUAAUGAAGUUGUUGAUGAAUCGAGCCAAAGCCUCGAAAAUGAGGUUUUUCUGGAGUUUUUAUCAACCGUCAAUUUGGAAAUGCCAUCGUUUUUUCUCUCAUUAUAAAGAUCAAAAAUUCCCAUUGGAUACUCGACUAUGAGAAUGAACAUAAAAAACAAAAGUCCAGCGACGAUUUAUCUUCGAAUAGAAGUUUUAGUUUUCAGCGACUACUCUUAAGGAUUGAUUACACUGCUGGAUCGAUUUGUAUGAAAAUAAAAUGAUAUCAGACCGA